AGCUCUAAAAAACUUAUUCCAAUCAGAUCUACUGGCUCUAACGUGGUGUGCCUGGACUUUUCUCGCCGUCUAUAAAUCUUAAAGAAUUUAUUGGGUUUGUUUUUCUGCACGUUUUAACAUAUUGACGUUGGCAUUUAACAACUCUUAAUAGAGAUUUUCGAAUCUUAUUUACCACAGAAAUAAAAAGGAUACAAUAUGUUGCGCUUACCCCUAAGAUUUGCACGUGCUAACAUCCACCGCCAAUUGGCAUUCCGAGGAUACGCUAAGGAUGUGAAAUUUGGUCCCGAGGUACGUGCGUUAAUGUUGCAGGGUGUCGAUGUUCUCGCUGAUGCCGUUGCUGUUACCAUGGGCCCAAAAGGCCGCAAUGUUAUUAUUGAGCAAUCAUGGGGAUCACCAAAGAUAACAAAAGAUGGUGUGACCGUAGCUAAGUCCAUUGAGUUGAAGGAUAAAUUCCAAAACAUUGGUGCAAAGUUAGUUCAAGAUGUUGCUAAUAAUACAAACGAGGAAGCUGGUGACGGAACUACCACAGCUACGGUUCUAGCACGUGCUAUUGCCAAAGAAGGAUUUGAGAAAAUUUCUAAGGGUGCCAACCCUGUUGAAAUUCGUCGUGGUGUUAUGUUGGCUGUAGACAGUGUUAAAGACCACUUGAAGGCAAUGUCACGUCCAGUUAAUACACCCGAAGAGAUUGCUCAGGUGGCCACAAUAUCUGCAAAUGGUGACCAUGAAGUUGGAAAUUUGAUCAGCGAAGCAAUGAAGAAGGUCGGCAGAGAUGGUGUUAUUACAGUCAAAGACGGUAAAACACUUUCGGAUGAAUUGGAAGUUAUUGAAGGCAUGAAAUUUGAUAGAGGUUACAUUUCACCAUAUUUCAUUAAUUCCUCAAAGGGGGCCAAAGUAGAAUUCCAAGAUGCCUUGGUACUUUUAUCUGAAAAGAAAAUUUCAUCCGUACAAAGUAUUAUCCCCGCCCUUGAAUUGGCCAACUCGCAGCGCAAACCAUUGGUUAUAAUUGCAGAAGAUAUUGACGGCGAAGCUUUAAGCACACUGGUUGUGAAUCGUUUGAAAAUUGGCCUACAGGUGGCCGCUGUCAAGGCACCUGGCUUUGGUGAUAAUCGAAAAUCUACAUUAACUGAUAUGGCUAUAGCAUCAGGUGGCAUUGUCUUUGGUGAUGAUGCAAACUUGGUUAAACUGGAAGAUGUACAGAUCAACGAUCUUGGAAAAGUAGGUGAGGUUGUUAUUACAAAGGACGACACGUUACUGUUGAAAGGCAAAGGUACAAAGGAAGAUAUCACACGCCGAGUUGAUCAAAUUAAGGAUCAAAUCAGCGAAACAACAUCUGAAUAUGAAAAGGAGAAAUUGCAAGAACGGUUGGCUCGUUUAGCAUCGGGCGUGGCUUUAUUGCGCGUUGGUGGUUCAAGUGAAGUCGAGGUAAACGAAAAGAAGGAUCGUGUAAAUGAUGCACUCAACGCUACGCGCGCCGCAGUAGAAGAGGGUAUUGUCCCUGGUGGUGGCACUGCUCUGCUCCGUUGCAUACCUAUUUUGGAAGGACUUAAAGGAUCUAACGAAGACCAGAAUAUGGGCAUUGAAAUCGUACGGCGUGCUCUUCGCAUGCCAUGCAUGACUAUUGCUAAAAACGCUGGCGUUGAUGGCGCUAUGGUUGUUGCAAAGGUCGAAACAAAAGAUGGGGAUUUCGGUUAUGAUGCACUUAAAGCUGAAUAUGGUAAUCUAAUCGAGAAGGGCAUCAUUGAUCCAACAAAGGUGGUUCGCACAGCCAUCACAGAUGCUUCUGGAGUUGCUUCUUUGCUGACAACUGCCGAAGCUGUUGUAACUGAAAUUCCAAAGGAUGAUGCUGCUCCUGGUAUGGGUGGAAUGGGCGGCAUGGGUGGUAUGGGAGGAAUGGGCGGUAUGGGAGGCAUGAUGUAAAAUCUCCGCUAUGUUAAUAAUUUCCAUUGUUAAAUAUGAUAAAAUUUUACAUGUUAUAUAUGUAAAAUACUGAGAUACAUUUACUAGUUUUAAACAUUGACAAAUUAUACAUAAAUUAGCUUCAUCGAAUGGAUACUGAUACUUACAUAAGUUGUUCUAAUUUGUGAAUGGGUAUGCCGAGUAGUAGCGAGAAAAUAUGCAAUUUUUUUUCGUAUGCCGCACAUUGUGUUAGCAUUACAAAGCAUACUUAAGAGUAAGUUAAGGAAAUGCGUGUCAACUAGAAUGCUUUAAGUCUGUAAUCUCGCGGCUUAAGGAUUUUUUGACUUAGAAAACCAUUUAAAAUAAAGGAUAAUAUAAAUUCGAACAGAA